AUGGCCGCCGCGAGUAGCUUCAUUCGCCGAGGACGCCCCGCGACGACGGGGAUAGCGGCGGCCGGAAGAGCGGGUAGCGCGUUUCGUGCAGGAUCUGCCACAGAAACCACAGGGAGCAGAGCCUUUCUCGCCACGCUUCCGGCGCCAGCCGAGAGAAAGGCAGGUUCGGGAGCGCUCGCAGGUCCGGUUGGCCGGGCAGGUCCGGGAGGGCUUUCCGAGCCUCAAGGCCUGGGUUGGUCGCAGGAGGAGAGAAGAGCAGGGGGUGUCGGAAGGGGAGAAAGUGUGGGGGAUGGGGGAGGAGGGGGUGAUGGGUUGAGAAUAGCAUGGCAGUAUAAGCACUUGGCUCCCCAGUUCACUGGAGUGGGAUCAGGAGGGGCAGCAGGUGCGUCUGUACCGUACUGCACCGAGUUUGACCUCCGCACACCACUGUCCCGGCCGCCGCUAAGGCAUGCGCAGCAGCUGUGCACGUGUGUGCCUCUCUGGGUUGAUGCUCUAACGGCAGGGACAGGGGGCAGCUGCACACAGCAAGAGCUGCCGCAGAAUGGGGACUCUGGAGCAACGUCAGGUUUCACCCAAGACGUGUUUGGCCGUGUGUCAGGGUUCCUGUCGUCCCUUGAUUCCAACGUUCCAGCAGAUGCUGCUUCCUCUGCACCUGGUGGGUCUACAGGAGCUGGCUUAAGGGGUGUGGGAGGAGGAGGAGGUGGGGGGAGCGGAGAGGCGGGAGGAAGGGUGGGUCGCAUUGGUGUUCAUUCUCUGGGAGCUCCUCCAUCAUUGCUGUUGUCAGGAGAUGAUGCGCUGACCUGGCAGGUACUUGCAUGGCUGCAGUGGUUGAAAGGCUGUGUUCGCACUUUGCCCGUUACAGUCCUUGUAACAAUUCCUAGAGAUGAAGGAGUUAUACCCCCACACGUGUUGCUGAGACUGCAGCAUGCAGCGGACUUGGUGUUGGCGAUGGAAGCUCUGGAAGAGGACAAUGCGGAGCUAGCCAGUGGCAUCUCGGACUACAAGGACGCCUUGGGUCUCAUUCGCAUUCGCAAAGUCUCCAUGCAGAACUCCCUGGUGCCUCGCAUGCCAGCAGUGACCACUCUGGUGCUGAGAGCAGUGAACAGGAAGCGACAGAUAGUGGUGGAGGAGGCACACCCACCCCCGAUCGAUGCCACAGGGGGAGCAGCAGGUUCAAGCGGCGGGGGAGGCUCGGUUGGAUGUGGUAGUUCAGCGGUGUAUGACGGCUUCGCAGAGCGGCACGCCGUGGAUUACCUGCUCGCACACCUCUACACCGCACUGUGCCACCAGCUGGACGCGUGCGGCCUGCAUACACUGCACCUAGACUCUCAAGAAAAUUCUCUGCACCUGGAUGGUUGUGGCGGUGGCGGCUUGCCCUCCCAGGAAUCUCACGGAAACGGCCAGCAUCUCACAUGUGGUCUGCACUGUCAAGCAUGCACCGAGAGUGGGAGGGGGCACGACCACAACCACAGGGCAUCUGGUGGUUUAGAAGGGACGUGUGAGUGCGGGUGUGAGUGUGAGAGUACAGGUGGGGGUGAGUUGAAAGGAAAGAUGAGGUGGAUGGUGCGUAAGAUGGGCAGGGCGAGUCGGAAAGCGUUCCCGAGGGACCGAAGCCGCUCUGAUUGGUCAGAAGCUUCGGAAGAGACGGAGGGAUUGGAGCAGGAGGGUGCGUGUGAGGGAACGGGCGGGAGUGAGUCGAAGGGUAAGCUAAGGUGGACGUUGGGUGAGGUGGGGAGGGCGAGCAGGAAAGCAUUCCCAAGGGAGCGAAGCCGCUCUGAUUGGUCGGAAGCUUCUGAUAACCAGGAUGACCAAGAAGCAUUCCCUGGGGAUAACCAGGAUCACAGAAUGGGCCAGGAGGGUGCAUCUGAAAAGGCACAGGGGGUGCGGCAGGAGAGAGGGUCUGAUGGCUCUCAGAAUGGAAAGCUGAGGGGAGAGAAGGAGGGAGAAGGUAAUGGAGAAGGGAAGGAGGAAGGGAAGGGGAUCAAACAAGUCGUGGGACAUGGUCAGAAACAGUCGCAGCAGCAGCAGCAGCAGCAGCAGCAGCAGCAGCAGCAGCAGCAGCAGCAGCAGCAGCAGCAGCAGCAGCAGCAGCAGCAGCAGCAGCAGCAGCAGCAGCAGCAGCAGCAGCAGCAGCAGCAGCAGCAGCAACAGCACCAUCAUCACCACCAGGAACGGCAGCAGCAGCAGCAGCACCCUCUCCAUGUGCCAAAGGCCUUGCAAGAGCCAGGUAACGACCACAGAAGACACCAAAUGAUCUUAGGCGCCUUAGAACGCGCCCUUGCCUCUACCGAGUCCUCCUUUCUGACGCGAGUUAAAGACGUCUCUAAAGACCAGCCGGAGUACGCGGUAGGAGGGGCGUCUUUAGUUGCUGCUAUAGUCACAGCCACGGAUGUUUAUGUGAUUAAUUUGGGGGAUAGUAGGGCUGUGAUUGUACGGGGGGAAGAGGUGGGGAGGGGAUGGCGGGGGGUGUUGAGGAAGGGGGCGGGAGUGGGAGGGGGAGGGAGUGCUAGCCGUGUGAGCGGAAGGAGGAGAAGCGGGGAAGGGGGACGUGGGCGAGGGGGAAGUGGGGGAUGGGGGAGUGGUGGAAGAGGGGAGGGAGAGGGGAGUGGUAGCAGCAAAGGGAGUGGCAGAAGAGAGAAAGUGGGGGAAACGGGGGAAAUAUGGGAGAAGGGGGAGAAGUGGGAGAGGGGUGAGAUUAGUGGGGCUGUUGGGGCAAUGGAAAUGGGAGACCUACCUCUCUUCCCCCAAGUGACUCUUAUGAAGUUCCGUUUUAAGUCGACUCACAGGAACAUGAUGAGUCGACUUCGCAACUUUUGA